AUGAAACUAUCAACACUCGUUUUUAUCACAUUCGCUCUUGGCGGCGAGGCAAUUGAAAUCUCAAAGCAUGUUCGCUGCAUGGAAACUCUUGAAGGCACCGAGUACAUUGGCACCCGAUGUACCGUAGCGAACAUUUCUCUCCCGGAAACUUCCUAUAAUUGGGGUGGCGUGACCCAAAAGGAACUUCAUUUCUCAAAUUCUGUCGUUCCGUUCGUGCCAGAUCGCUUGGUCGAGAUGAUGAAUCAGUUCGAAGUACUUAACAUGACAAAUGUGACAUUACAAGUUUUGACUUCCGAUCAUUUGAGAAAAGCUUCUGCUUUAAAGGAACUGAACGCAAGCCACAAUAAACUGACAAAAAUCGUAAAUAUGACAUUUAUUGGUGCAUUUUCCUUGGAAAUUCUGGAUUUAAGUUGGAAUGAAAUCGAAUCGAUUGAAGAAAAGGCCUUUUUUGGCAUGAAAAAUCUGAAAAAAAUCGAUUUAAGUCAUAAUUCAUUGACAAAUGUGGGGACCGAAUUUAAUGAAUUAAUCAAUCUACAAAAAAUUGACUUUUCGGUGAACAAAAUUUCGGGCAUCCAUUUAAAUGCAACAGCAAAUUUGAUGAAUCUCAAUGAAUUUAAUGUCGAACAAAAUCAAGUUCAGCACUUAAAACUCAGUUUAUGCAACGAAUUCAACUUGAAACUCAUCCUAAGUUUGAAUUCAAUGGAAACUGUGACUCUCACGUGGAACCCAAUGUCCCGCUUUGGCCUCGAAAACUCCGUGGAAGUCAUCGCUCCCUUCAAUAAAAUCAAAAAUCUCUCGACGGAUCGCGAAAUAAACCUCGUUAACGUGGAUUUACGCGGAAAUGGCUUGUCAAGUAUAAAGGGAAUGAAGAAUUUGAUGCAGUUAAAAAAAUUGGAUCUCUCCUUAAACCAAAUUUCGGAAGUAAAUUUCACUUUUCUCUCAAGCAUGAAGAACUUGGAGCAAUUAAACUUGAGUUUCAAUGCCUUAAAAUCGCUGGAAGUCGCAAAUAUCCGUCAAAAUUUGCCGAAAUUGAAAUUUUUAGCGUUCAGAGGUAACUUUUGGGAAAGUUGCGUCGUGCUGGAAGACAUCGUCACUCCCCUAAAAAAAGCUGGAAUUGGUUUUGACAUGACCGAAGGUGAAGGAGAAUUGUCCUGUAUGCUCAUUGAAAUCACUGAAACGACUGAAAAUGAGGAAAUAACGACCACAGACGUUCCUGAGACAACUGAGGAAGAAUUUUCAACAACGAUUGAUGAGAAUAAGGAACAUAAAAAGGUCGAAAAUGAUGAAGAUUUCAAAGAAAAAUUGUUUAAAUUCAUCAAUUCCGACUUUUUUAGAGUUUUGACAGCUAUUCUAUUGAUUUUGUUCAUCAUCGCUGUCAUGAUUCGAAUGUGUUUGAGUUGCUGUGACCGUCGCAGUAAGAGAAUCGCAGAUCUUGACACUCAUAUCUAA